AUGAAUUCACGUGAAUUCCAGAUUGACUGGACUGAAAGAUGGUUGCUAGGUCUGGUAGCCUUCCAUGUCAUAUGCUUACUAUUUAUCUUAUCAAGUGGACAUCGAACAAAUCUACAAACAAUAUUGUUUCUAGCUCUAUUACUGAUGACUUGGUCUACUCAAUUCGUAAAUGAAUACGCUGCUCAAAAUUGGAGAUCAUUUGCUAGUCAACAGUACUUCGAUUCGCAAGGCUUAUUCAUAUCUAUUGUAUUUUCCGCUCCUGCGUUGAUAAACUGCUUAAUUAUAGUGGUAAGUAGAAUUACAAUCCUUCUGUUAUUUAUUAAGUAA